AUGGGCAGUGCCGCAAGUCUGGUCUCCAUUUUCUCUGGGGCCCUUUCCUUUGUUUGCACAAUCGGCUCUCUCUGGACGGACUGCUGGCAGGUCAACAGCAAAGGCUCGGUGGUUCUCAGCAUGCGCUGCCGAGGCCUGUGGGGUGAGUGCGUUUGGGACAAAUUUGUCAAGAUCUGGACCUGCGAUGUCUUCAGCUCUUACCUGAAUCCUCACCCUGCUGCUAUUAUCCUCACGAGAGCCUGCCUUAUCACAUCAGCUGUGGCUGGAAUUGGGGCCUUUCUCUGCCUCCUUUCAGGGUGUAGGUACUUCAGCUGCUGCCAGGGGCCCACCAUAGCCAAACACCGGUGCCUCUGCCUCUCUGUGGGAUUCUACCUUUUUGCAGGCCUUAUGACCUGCGUCGGAGUUAUCCGAUACUGUGUGUACGUGUUCUCUCAGCAUCAGUAUGAGGUGUCUCUGAGCAUCCCUGGAUUUCCGAGCUUUGAAUAUGGCUACUCCCUGUGGAUGGCUGUAGCAAGCAACCUAGCAGCCAUCACUGCUGCUUUUGCAGCAUACUAUGAAGUCCAGCUCAUUAAGACCCCUGGCAGCACAAACCCGGUCAAGGAGCAUGCUGGGAGUGGCAUUGGAACGGUGCACACAUACGUGUAA